CUCUCACAACAGACACAGAGACACACUCACAGUUUGGCUUUAGUGUCCGGGAGUGUGAAGAUCAGGAAAGAUCACACUACCUAUCGUGGGUUGACCCCGGAGUCUUCCGUGUCUCCCCUUUCAAGGAUACAGGUAGCACCGCAGGGACACCACCACAGGACACGCCAUCAUGGAUCUCGGGAAGAAACUCUGCACUCCAAAAGACAUCAUGUUAGAGGAGUUGUCUCUGCUUUCCAACAGAGGUUCCCGGCUUUUCAAAAUGCGUCAGAGAAGAUCUGAGAAAUACACAUUUGAAAGUAUUCAAAAUGAAGCCAAUGCACUGCUGAGUAAUGAUAUUCUGAAUCAGAAUACACAUGGUGUUGAAAUUAAAGUGGAGCCACCAGCCGACGGAGACGCUGCUAAUGCACAAAAUACUGCUUCAGGCGCAACUGAGGAAAAGUCAAACAGCACCACUAUGCACAAGUCCUAUCACUCCCCAUGGGAGGAGGCCAUCCUCCGUGACCCCGGCCUCGCUGAAACUGUCAAUCUCAGAAUGCCGGAGCCAGAACCACAAGCAGAUCAGCCUGAAUACAGAAGCUUCAACCGGAGUGCCACUCCCUACGGUGGCUUCUGCAAAGCUCCCAGAGGAAUCACAUUCAAGCUCCCCGAGGUCGAUCUGAAUCCACCAGAGUAUCCGGAGCUCGGCGAUCCGGGGAUGAAGCGGCCCACCUUCAACAGGACAGCCCAGGGAUGGAUAUCCGAGGGCUCCCAUCUGAUCUUACCCACCAUUACCCUGGAGCCCGUCAAUGCCCCAGAGUCCGAUGACCUGUAGAUGAUUUGACUGGAUCUUGAAGUAGCGGUUUGAAUCAGCCUGCAACAGCAAAACUUUCAGUUUGUAGUGCAGCUGUAAUUAAUCUCUCACUAUGGACGAAAGAUGUAAUGUGUUUGUUCUGCAGGAAAUUAGUAUGUUUACUACACUCUGUAAAAUAUGUAUCUGGAGACAAUUAUGAGACAACAAUCAAAAAUGAAGCUGUAAAUCUUAACAAUAUUUAAAAGAAGUGAUGCAUAUAUAAUGUACAGAAAGAAUGACACAUAUUUAUUAAUGAAAAAAGACAGAAACAGGAACAUGUAGGGAAUCGUAUCUGGUGAAAAUAUGCCAGAACGACCCUGAACAACGUUCUGAUGAGAUAUCUUUUUUCAGUGAUAAGAGAAAUGCUGCCUCUCCCAACCAUAGACUUUUGAAUUUACAAUGAUUUAUUUUUUUGUGUUGUGUAAUAAAUGUUGUGUAAUAAAUAUAUUAGAGACAAAUGCACAUGCACUGUAUGUUUUAUGACUAGAAACAAAAAAAAACAAUAAAAUAACCUGAAUUA